UCUAAUGUCACAUUGUUUUCUUUCGUGUUUGGGAUUUGUUUCCGUGAUUUUAUUAGAAUAAAAAUUGAACGAUAUAUAAUUUCGCUUUGCUCUGUAUGUAUAUUGUUGUUGAGUGCUUUCUGCAAUAAUAUCAGACUGUUAUAAUCGUGCCAGAAAUCAGACAAGGAAUCGUGAGCUGUCUACAUCAGAUAUCCUGUUGCAAAUACAAUUUAUUUUGCCGUUCAAGAGAAACACUAGGAUAAAGACCUGCCGCGUCCGGCUGUACGGGACAAAUCCUAAUAAAUGACGACGGGUGCCGUGUUCGUGUUUAGGAGACCUACAUCCAUUCACAUUUUAUGAGAUUCAUGUAAGUUGGCUCGUACGGCGCCCGAUCCUCCGAGUUUGUAAUAUCUGCCCGGCUAUAUGUCAUGAAAUACACCUACGCCUUUAUGAUUUAAAUUUUAUUGUCUGCACGGUCUAAGGCAGAAGCAAUGUUAGCAAAAGGCGGUGGGCGCGUGAGGGUGGCGGCGCGAUGAGCGCGGCGGCGCUGCGGGCGGACGGUGCGGGCGACUCCACGCCCGGCUCCGACGCCGGCGCGCGCAUCACCAGGCUGUUCCCCAAGUGCCGGCCCAAGAACAUGCAGCACGACAGACUGAACUCGGGCCUGGAGGGGCGCGAGAAUAAUGUCAACAACAUCUCCUCCGACGAGGAGAGGGAGAGUCAGCUGGUCAUACUCAACUCGAAGGGCGGGACCUACAAGCUUAGGGACUCCAGGAUAAUAGAAAUAGCGGGAGGUCGCGAGCUGUACUCGCAGUCUCGGACGAAGGCAGUUCGCAAGCUGCGACACAACAGCGCGCACAAACAUAACAUUAGGAACAAGGUGCGGCUGCUCAAUAAGGACCCCGUGGACUAUGACCAAAUUAACCAUGAAAUAUCACUCCAUAGAAUAAACAGUGAGCCUAAAAAGAUGAUAUCAAGGCACACAUCGCCGACUUACACGAACGGUGACAAAGACGGUUUAGAAUCGAGGGACAGUAUGGGGAUACCCAGGAACAGUUCUCCAAUACUAGAUCCCCAUAAGACCACGGAUGUCAGUACCAAAAGUAGUCCUAUAGCGGUUGUGGCUGAUGGUGAAGUAGUGGUUUUUGAUGACAAUGACGAUUGGAAAGUGAUAUUGAAUUCUGUGUCUCUAGGUUUGAGGACUGAGCCGGACGCUAGUGACAAUGAGAUUGAUAUAAGUGUAAAGAGGACUAUAGACACGAUUAAGAAUGGUGAUAGUGAUGUGAACAAUAAGAGUGAAGUGAGUGAAGGAAGUGGGUCGUGUUCUCGGGAGGACGUGAGGCUGAGUGACGCGAGUCCCUCUGGGGCGUGGUUAUCAGGGGAUGAGGAUAAAAGCAGGGUUACUAGAGUGAUAGGAGAGCUGCCUAUAGCAGAGUAUGAGGGUUCGCCAAGAAGAUAUGGAGUUGGCUCGCAGAAGGCUACUAAUAGAUCGCCGAGGCCUGGAUUUCCACAGAGGGUAGUGACAGAGAGCAGAGAUAUAACACCGCCGACCGGGUCGGCGACAUUCGAUUAUUUGUACGAAUUCUCGGAAACGAGGAAGGUAUUAGAGGAGUUCUUCAAAUGUCCAUCAAUGAUGGGACAGAUGGCGCUAAACGGCAACAAUGAGAUUGUUAAUUUUCAGGACCUAGACUACGAACUGCGGCGGCAAGCACAAGAGUGCCCAUCUGAGAAUGGGUUGGAAGGUGGCAGCGAGUCGGAGUGGCCGCAAGCGACGGAGACCGUGCAUUCUCCGCAUGCAACUCAUAAUCACACCAACUUCUUAGGACUGCAGCAACACAAAUCCCGGUACCCCGAACCGAACGUGUCAGAGUUGAGCGUGGGCGGGGCGUGGAGCGGGUCCCCGUCGCCGCCCGCGCCCCGCGACCGCGUGCCCUUCGCGCUCUCCACCGACACCAGCGACUCGGGGAGCGACCUCUCUCUGAUGAUCAUGGAGAACGAGCUGUCCGAGCUGAAAGUGGAUCGUGGCACAAAUUCGCGUCCCGGCGCUUUGGGACACAAAGAAACACCACGUGACAGGAACCCGUUCGUUAUCCCCCCAAACAAUGACGAAUCGGGGAGUGAUUCGUCGAUUACCAAGGACAAUCUGCGACCAGGGUUGAAAGUUCAAAUGGACCCGAGAGCCGUUGUGACGCUGCCGAUCGUGGAGGAUGGGCUGUCUUCUUCGGGGAACGGUUCCGACAAUGAUAACAAUAAUCAGAACCACUCGUCGGUGGUAAUACAAGAAAUAGUGGAAAUAAUGGAACACGGUACGAAUACUGACCCUCACAUCUUGGACGCUGACUUACACUCUUUGGAUCCAUUAGCGCGCGGGUCGCCGCCUCCACCCGCGCCGCAGCGCGCGCCGUCCCCCGCGCCGCCCGCAUCCCCCUCUCCCUCACCCUCCCCCUGCCCCUCCCCCUCACCCGCGCACGCGCACGCGCACGACACGCAGGCGCCGCAUCACCAUCAUCACGACGAUGUUUACCCGCCGAGAAAAAGGCCCUCGUCAGCGCAAAGUCAAGAUUCGGUAGACAUCAAACCAGCUAGUGGAGACGAAGAUGAAGCGGAUACUGAUUUAGAAACUGACAGGCUGCUGGGACAGCAACGGACGGAUGACCAGGGAUUCUUCGAUGAAAAAGGUUGGCGCAAACCAAAGUCACGCACAGUGAUGCCAGCGAUGCCCGCGGGGAGCGUGACGAGCGCGGCGCGGUCGCCGCACGCGCACGAACCCGACAACCGGGACGAGGAGGCGCUACACAACGGAAAGGACAAGGAUGUGAAAAAGAAAAGUAAAAACAAAGAAGAUGCGGCGCGUAAAGUACUCAUUGAAGGAGUGUUGUUCCGAGCGCGGUAUCUCGGCUCCACGCAGCUGGCGUGCGAAGGUCAACCGACCAAAGCGACCAGGAUGCUCCAAGCUGAAGAGGCAGUAUCCAGGAUUAAGUGGGGGUGUGAUGGCCCGUACUCCGGUGUGUACGCCGCCCCGGCCGCGGUGUUCCGCCUCUCCUUCCUGGGCUCGGUCGAGGUCGAAGAGGACUCGAGGAGGCGAAAGAAGAGGCCCAAAAAGAACAUGGUGGAGGAAGCCGUCACUAAGAUAAAGGCACCCGAAGGUGAAAACCAACCUAGCACAGAAGUGGACCUCUUCAUAUCGACUGAGAAAAUAAUGGUUUUAAACACGGAACUGAAAGAGAUCAUGAUGGAUCACGCGUUAAGGACCAUAUCCUAUAUCGCUGAUAUUGGAGACUUGGUUGUAUUGAUGGCUAGGAGAAGGUUCGUGCCGCACGAGAGUGACUCCGACCAACCAAAAUUGAACCGUACGCCGAAGAUGAUAUGUCAUGUUUUUGAGAGUGAGGAGGCUCAAUUCAUCGCACAAUCAAUAGGACAGGCAUUCCAAGUAGCAUACAUGGAAUUCCUAAAAGCAAAUGGUAUAGAAGAUCAUAGUUUUGUCAAAGAAAUGGACUAUCAAGAGGUUUUGAACAGCCAAGAGAUAUUCGGAGAUGAGCUACAGAUGUUUGCUAAGAAGGAGUUGCAGAAAGAAGUGGUCGUGCCGAAGACCAAAGGGGAGAUCCUGGGAGUAGUGGUGGUGGAGUCGGGGUGGGGGUCAAUGUUGCCGACCGUGGUGAUUGCAAAUCUAGCGCCGGCGGGCGCGGCUGCGAGGUGUGGUCAACUCAAUAUAGGAGAUCAAAUAAUCGCAAUAAACGGCGUCAGCCUGGUCGGGCUACCGCUCUCAACGUGUCAGACGUACAUCAAGAACUCUAAGAAUCAAACCGUAGUGAAACUGACUGUAGUUCCGUGCGCUCCCGUCGUUGAAGUGAAAAUCAAGAGGCCAGAUACGAAGUACCAACUUGGAUUUAGUGUGCAAAAUGGCGUGAUAUGCAGCCUUUUGCGGGGAGGUAUAGCGGAGCGGGGUGGGGUCCGCGUGGGUCACAGGAUCAUUGAGAUCAACUCGCAGAGUGUGGUCGCUGUGCCGCAUGAACGCAUAGUCAACUUGCUAGCCACAUCUGUUGGAGAGAUCCUAAUGAAAACGAUGCCGACCUCCAUGUUCCGGCUGCUGACGGGACAGGAGAACCCGGUGUUCAUCUGAGCGCGGUCCGCGCGUACCAAGUGCCUGCUUACCAUAGACGCUGCCCCCACACGCCCGCAGGCUGAUCAUCUUCGCUUUAAAACAAUAUUAUUUUGAUUUAUGCUAACAAUAAAGCUAUAGUAAAUUUAAUAGACAUGUCUGGCAAACUUAUCUGGCCUGCUGCGUCGCUACUGUUGAAUAAAUUUGACAAGGAAACAAAGUUUUAGGCACUGUGUCAAAUACAAUUGUCAUUAUUGUAUCCUUUGGAGGGUUUAUUAAAAUUUUACGUACGUCGUUUGUAAAAAAGUAACAUCGUUAUGAGCGGAGUAGGGCAAAAUGUACACAAAUAUAAGUACACAGAAAGACUCGGGCGCGAGUCGUCGAAUGAAGAAUAUAUUUUUGCAGUUUUCAAAGUCAACAUUUUCGUUUUUUUUUGACCAAUUACUCAUGAUUUCACAAUCUAGAUUUAAUAAAUAUUGUCAGUAAAUAUAAUAUUUACAAAUACUAUUCUUUGAAGACGCAUAGAAUGUGUUUAAUUUUAUUAAUUUGCCAUUUCAAAGGCGAGGAUGAAGCCCGUAGCUUAGCUGACAAAAAAUACUCAAAGACAUUGCGAUAUCAAGUCUCCAGAAUGCUUACAAUGCUUACGUGGCUGAAUAAGAUAGGCAUAAGUUGUAUUAUCUCUCUAUAUAUCCGUGCUGAUUGUGUAUUUGCUAAUUCGGUGUCUGUGGUAGUUUUGUGGUUCAAUUUCUAACCUCAAUUUUAAUAUCUUAGCAAAUACAGAAUCAACAUUUCGUCAUGACAACAACAUGUAUACAUACUCCAUUUAUUCAUAUGUUGUAUCUAUUAAAUUUAAUAUCAAAAUACCACUCAUAUCUGCUUAGAUAGUGUCGUAUUAUUAUCAAAAUUUUUAGUUUUGAGCUUGAUGUCAUUAUUGCUAUAUCAAGUUUCCCAUUUGGACAAAUCCAUUGUGUCGACUUGUUACAAGCUAGUAAGAUUUAUUCCUUGUUCCAAUUUUGAAAUAGAUUCAUUUUUCUUUUAAAUACUUAUUUACAAUUGGCCGUACAUAUUAACAUUAGUUAUAGUUAUUAUUAAAGACAAUACGUAAAAUAUUUAUUUGGUGUGUAUCUCGAUUUAAUAUGUGAAGUUAUAAUAGUCACAUUUGCCAUCUAUUUAAGCAACAAGGUUUUUUUACAGAUCUGCCAUUUUUAGUUAAUUUUUUUAUUGAUUUUGCUUAGAAAUAAAGUAUCAUUAGUACAUUUUUUCAAAUCAUUCCAUUGUUAUUUUCCACGAUAUUUUAUUAUUUGUUUGUGUAUGUUGCAAAGACGCUUUAUAAUUAGUGGGUUAAAAUCCGGGAUAUUAGGAUUUUGGAAAAUCUCGUGAUCGUUAUUGGGGCGUCUACACUGAAAAUGAUAUUGUAACUGAAAUUAAUGUUAGUUAUUUGACAUGAUUUUGGAAAUGAAUACCUACUCAUAUAUACACAUUGAAACAUCUAGGUAUAUUCAAAAGAACUGAAACAGUCCCCAUUGAAUUGUAUUGCGCCUUUGCUACAGUCUUGAGUUUAUUAUCUGUUUCUGUAAUACUUAUUAGCGAAACGAUGUUAUUUUACAUACAUAAAGUAAGUACAUAUUUACAGACCAUGCACCAUAGUUCAAACCGAUUCAUACGAUCAAGAAUAUGUUCACGAAGAAUAUCUUCAGUUUAAGUUCUUUAGCGUAAAUUAAUAAAUGUAGUUGUUCGAUAGUACCUACCGUGGUGGAAUGGUACUUCGUGAAAAUACUUCUUAAUAUUUAUAGCUUAGAUAGAACCAGUGGGUCUUGAAAAGGGUUGUAGGCCACAUAGCUUGAUUUUCAAGUGAAACUGUGGUAAGUUAGUGGGCAAGAAAAAAAAAUCUUUUGGAUGCAUGAAGGGAUGCAGGUAAUGGCGAAAUUAACUGGCCGCUGGUCCAUUGAUGUUCAUUCCGUUCUACUACUACAAAAAUGUUCUAUGGAUGAUUCAUUUAAUCCAUUUGAUUCUGCAAGUAACUUUGGAUUUUUUAAUGAAUUAAAUAUUUUUCUGUAUUAACCUAUCUUUGAAGGUCGGAUUUUAUUUUGAGAUCAUAUGUGUAUAAUGCUUACAAUGCUAGAUAAGGUUGUACUUUCUAGGGACUGGCUGUAUUCUUUAGGAUGUUUUACCAACUUUAGUACUUAAUGCCAUAAAAAAAAUUGAUCUUGCCACCCACAGUUUUAGUUUACAAUCAGCUGUGUAUUUACAUAUUUUCAACCCGAAAUAAAAGAUCAACAGUGAUCAAAUUAAAAAGAAUUGAUUAGUGGAACAUAGUACAUUAAAAAAAAAACAUUAUUUCGUGUAGUAUUCCGAAAGAUAUAUCAUAUUUUGUAAAUUUUAUAGUGUCGCUAUAGCAUUCCUAUAUGUAAUCUAUAACUAUAUGUAUGUCCUGUGUUCUUGGCUAGGCUUAGCGCUCUGAGGACGAGUUCUUAAUUUUAUUUAUGUAUAAUAUUAUAUGAGAAUUUGUAACACUUAGAUAACCCUCUCGAAAUAUUCCGCUUUUCCUUAUAAAUAUUAUCCAAAAACGCUUUUGGUAUAUUAGCAGUUUAAUUCCAUUUUAUGGACCGGUGUCUACAUUAUUUUUCAUUGCUUUAUGUAACCGUUCAAUUCACCUCAUUCCUAUUUUAUAAUAUUAUUUACAUAUAAAGACAGUAACUUUAAAAAUUUUGAUGUUUGCGCCAAACUCUUGUUACAUCUUUAAAACUCUCCAAGCGUGUGGGUUCAAUUCGUACAACACGCUAGGCGUAUAUUAAUGCAGUGAGAGUGUUGAGUAAAUGUUGUCAUCUAGCUGACAGUUUAGUAACGGUAUUUUAGACACCGGUUCACCCCCUUCGAUCUUUUCAAUAAAUAUAGGUACACAGUCUGAUAUGUAAUUUUUGUAUUGCUAGCUGUUGUGAAUAAGAUUUAUUUACAUUGAGAAACACAGAUAAUAAAUAGCCUUUUAUUGUGAAAGCUGGUAUAUGGUAGGUACACUGUAACAUUCGAAAUAACUAUUGUUGUUCUCAUUUCUAAGAGUAUUAUUCUAGUCUGCAUUAAAGUUAAGAAUAAACUGAACAAACUGAG